CGAAAAGUUCAAAUGGCGCGCUAUUUGUGACUCUCUAAACUUGAACGAUAAACUGGAGGCAGUGAAUGAACGGUGGACUUUUGCUAUUGAGUGAGUCGGCCUUCGCACAUCCCUUAGAGGCAGAAGCAAGGAAGAAGUAGCUGCCGUUUACUGUAACGCCAAGAUGGAUGUGAAAGAGCAGAUAUAUGAGGCUGACAUAAAGACCAUGGAGAUACCAGCUGUAAAUAUUAAGGAAGAGAGCUGUGAAUGGCAGUCUGUCCACCUCAAACAGGAGAGUCUCUGCAUUAAGAGUGAGGAUCAUGAACUGGUAAUGGUGGGUAUUAAAGAAGAAGCAGAGGAGAUGUCUGUCAACAUUGAGACACACAGGCAAAAAUGUAUGGCGUUUGUUCACCAUAAGGUGAGGUCUGACAUAAAGAAGACGGAGGAAAUGCCAUCUGUUGGAACUCUGGAAAAUCGGCCAUCACCUAUACUGCAGUCUGGAGAAAGAGACAAACCUCACUGCUGUUCUCAGUGUGGCAAACAAUUCAGCUACAGGAGUGCUCUUCAGAGACACAUUAGAAUUCACACGGGAGAGAAGCCAUACUGCUGCUCAGAGUGUGGCAAACAAUUUUGUGACAUAAGUGCUCAUAAGAAACACAGCAGAAUUCACACUGGAGAGAAGCCAUACUGCUGUAAUGAAUGUGGAAAACAAUUCUCACAAAAUGCCCAUCUCCAGAGCCACAAAAGAAUUCACACAGAAGAAAGGCCACAUUGCUGUUCUGAAUGUGGCAAACAAUUUUGGGAAAGGAGGAGUCUUCAAAGGCACAUUAGAACUCACACUGGACAAAAGCCGUAUUGCUGUUCUGAAUGUGGCAAGCAAUUCUCUGACAGGAGCCUUUUUCGGAGCCAUGUAAGAAUUCACACAGGAGAAAAGCCACAUUGCUGUUCUGAAUGCGGCAAACAAUUUUUUCUCAAAAGUCGUCUUCAGGAUCACAAAAGAAUUCACACCGGAGAAAAAACCUAUUGCUGUAAUGAAUGUGGCAAACAAUUCCAUCAGAAGCUUAAUUUUCAAAAUCAUUGCAGAAUUCACACCAGAGAGAAGCCAUAUUGUUGUAAUGAAUGUGGCAAACAGUUCCGUGAGAAGGUUAGUCUUCAGAAACACAGCAGAAUUCACACCGGAGAGAAGCCAUAUUGUUGUAAUGAAUGUGGCAAACAGUUCCAUGAGAAGGCUAGUCUUCAGAAACACAGCAGAAUUCACACCGGAGAGAAGCCAUAUUGUUGUAAUGAAUGUGGCAAACAGUUCCAUGAGAAGGCUAGUCUUCAGAAACACAGCAGAAUUCACACCGGAGAGAAGCCAUAUUGUUGUAAUGAAUGUGGCAAACAAUUCCUUCAGAAGUGUAAUCUUCAGAGGCAUAGCAGGAUUCACACCGGAGAAAAGCCAUAUUGCUGUAAUGAAUGUGGCAAACAAUUCUGUGAGAAGAGUAAUUUUCAGAGGCACACUAGAAUUCAUACAGGAGGAACCACACUCCAGACGGAAUAACAGAAAAUGAGGAGUUAUUAGUCAUUUGGGACACUUUAAUAGCUGGAUGGGGAUGUUUGUGCAGAUGCCUUAACCUUAGCAUGGGGUAAU